AUGAACCUCAGUGACGACAAUUUCGAGCAUCACAAGCUCCGACCGAGCCUCGCAUGGCAGGCAGGCCACUUGGUGAUGAUCCACGACACGGACCAAAGGAAGCCUUCCGUGCAACGAGGCUUGCCUGCCUCAACCAGCCUGCGUCGAACUCGUGCCAGGACGCAAACAUCGCCGCAGGAUACCACCACAACAAGGACAGCAAAGACUGUCACGCGCGGACUUUCCAACGCCUCGAAACCACUUGUUCCGCUAUCAGAGCGCCGCUCUCCCCAAGAGCGUAAACCUUCGCUGGCAAAGUCAGAUGCAGAGCCUGACAGAAGGCAGAUCGCUUCAGAUGGCGCUUCGGCGGGCCGCGAGGGACGGCAGUUUGCAGUAGCAAACGUGGGCAACAAUGGGAGGAUCUAUCUCCGGCCCAGUGUUCGACCAGCUCACCAGAGACACCCUCAGCCAAACUUUUCUUUCCCCAUAACGCCACCAAGCACCGCCGUUGUGGAUAGUUCGAACCAAAGCGACAAGGCAACUCCAGACGACUUCAAGGAAGGGGAGGAUGGAUUUGGUUUUCCCGUCUCAUCAUGGACUCCAACGACCACCGCAACGCCCCUUGCAGGCGACAAGCACACCAACGCACAUGCCGCAAUGAUGCCUCGAUCACGGCAACACCAACGAGCCAUGUCGGACAGCAGCGUCCACGAGACCGGUGCCGUCAAGCAACAGGCAACGCACAUGCUCAAAGUCCCGAUAUUUCGCCCACGUGAUGCUGACGAGCUGCGACCCCGAACUAUGGAUGAUUUGGAAACCAUGGCCAACGCCCCUCUGCUCAGUGUCAAUAUACCAUCGUGGCGCCUCGGUACGCCGCGCUUCACCCUGAGAGGAACUCCCGUGUUGCGUGGCUCCUCCUACGCACCAACCGAGGACCCGCGUUCCAGUACCGGUUCCCGUCAAAAGGCUUCGUCUCGACUGGCCAGCACGUCUGGUCCAUUUUCCUCGGCAAGAAGGCCCAAUCCGCUGUCUGUCCCAACAAAUCACACCCCUCUUGUAGCACAGCGAGGAAGUGCUCGUUUACCGUCCCCGCGACUGCCCCCAAAAUUCGCGUCUACACGUCUGCCGAAACACCUGGUCACUGAACCAGCCAUGUUUACCGACUUGACGUUCCGGCCGGCCUGCGAUGACACAUCCAUUGUGCGUUAUUCUUCAUCUGGGGCCGUCAUGGCGGCAACUCCUGCCCGCCUGGUCGCCGAAAUCACGUCUCCCAGCUUCCUCGAUUACGAACUCAUCUCCGACUUCUUUCUGACAUUCAGAUCCUUCCUGGAACCCUCUGAGCUGCUUCGAAUGCUGGUGGCUCGUUUGAGAUGGGCGCUGGACCGGGAUGACGAGGUUGGCUUGAUUGUACGUGUGCGAACCUUUGUUGCUGUCAGGCACUGGAUCCUCAACUACUUCGUAGACGACUUCUUCCAGGAAUACGAGCUUCGGGCGACCUUCUGCCGUCUCUUGAACGACUUUGUGGAUGACCUGUCCCGCCAAGACGCUCAUUCGCGCAAGGUCAAGCUCAAGAUACUCGCAGAGCUGAAGAAGUGCUGGCGCAGAGUCUGUGCGCAGUUUUGGGAUAGUGACGAGUUUGACGAUUCGCUUGGCCCCGAGGUGGCAAUUAUCCCUGGAGGCGUGGCAGGGAGCAGAGAUCCUGGCCUCAGCCCCGCCGACUCUGGACCGUGGGCAACCGAGCAAGGCCAGCUCGGUGGUGCGGCCAUGCAGCCAUCUCUCGUCUCUCCAAGCCUCAAUCCUGCUGCUGCUGGCUUGCGUGGGGAGCCAGCCAAACCAACACGCGUGGGGGAUUUCGUGGUUCUGGACAACCGACCCGGAACCCCUGAAAACCAAGUCGGAGAACCGCUGAAGAACUCGGAUCCGAGUCCCACGUCCCAUCAUCGCUUGGCUAGUAUGGACAUUGUGUCAUGCUCAUUUCCCGGCAAGAACAUGAAGAGCCUGAGCCCUUGCACCACACAUUUUAUGGCGGCGCAUCCUGUUCUCUCAACUUCCUUGGGCUUUUCAACGGGCCCGGUGGCCACGACGCCCAAGGCUCUUGUUGGCAAGCGUGUACGCCCAAGUCGAGCACACAAACGUAACAACAGUCUUUCAGACUCCUUGCGUGAUCGCGGCUCUGACAAGGCACCUUCUCCGGACCAGGAGCUGUUUGCGGCGGUGCCGUCAGGGGGCAGUCUUGUUAGAGGAAACCUCUGCCCUCCUGGCCAUGCUUUUGUCAAUGUCGAACCGUUUGGCCGCCACGGCCAUGCCAAUCGUCAGACGACAAUUUUCUGCCCAAAUGGUCGAAGCUUUCCUAAAGACGCCAUGUCUGGUGGCGCCAUGUCCGGCCACGGCAUGCGGAGGCUGCUGCGAAGCGUCCGUAAGGCACUAAAGAACAGAGGGCAAGCCAUGCACACCACGCAUCAUCACCUGGCAGACAUUCCCCAAGUCGGUCCCAGAGGCGCAACCACCAACCGCAUCCCUGUGACAGCGGUGGUUCCUCAAAGACCAAUCUGCCAGAACGGUUCAAGGCCGGCUGUCAGAAUCGAUCUUCUCGGCGCAGAAGUAGCCGAAGAUUUCAAAAAAGCUAUCCGCGAGGAGGAGGAGGCAGCCGCGGCGGCAACCGACUCUCGGGCUCUCGCUGCUGGCUUACUGCGACCACCGAACUCAGCACCACCCUUCCUUUCAACAUGUCAAGAAAACCGUCCCGCAAGUCCAGAUUUUUCUACUUCUACGCCCGAAAUUCUGACGCGGCAGCAGAGCGAGAGACCCGUCAGCGAUGCGGCAAUAACGGCGGGGAGCAAGUCCGUUUUCAUUUCAGAUGAUGCUGUCCCCCUCGAGAUGCCCCCAACACAUGCAGCGUCUCUCGCUGGAAAUCGACCUAUGGAUGCCCUUGCGGAUUCAUUCAUGCAAAGUGGCGCGAAUCCAACGCCGCCGAAUACGCCCCCUUCACAGUCGUUUGGCCAGGAAACGGCCCAAAGAUCGUCCUGUGUUCUCAGUCGGCGCGUCAUCAGAGAUGCUGCAGAGGAAGGUGUCGUGUCUCCAUAUGUCCCUGACCUCGCUUCGACGGAAGGGAAGGGCCAUGGCACCCCAGUCCCGGGCACUCAGCACGGGGGGGAAAGUCCGCUGCUGAAUGGAAGCUCAUGUCACCCACAUGGACGCACCAGAUCGCCGACAAGUCAUCAAUCUCUGAAUUCAAUCCUGCAUCGCCGAGUCACGUCGUUUGGAAACACGACAACUGCACCAGCUGCUGGCAACUUCAAUGCCCCGACGACUUGUGGGGAAGUAGUACCAGAGUGCCAUUCGGAAGUUCCUAUGCCCGCCCCCCUUCGUGUUUUGCGAAGACGACCUGGUGGAGACUUGAAAGCUGCCGAGAAAGUUGGCGACCUGGAUAGAAUGGCCCUCCGGCGAUCGCAAUCCGUCAGCUCCUUUGCGACCCACACUGAAUCCUUUCGGAGCUCAUAUAUGCGUCACGCCCGUCCCAACUCUGCCGGUGAGUUCGAAGCGGGGGCUUCUCAUGAGAUCACCCUAGGAGCGGCCCAAGGGCGAGUCAACGGUACCCCCCAGUGCCAGUUCGCUGAAAGACGCCCGAAGCGUGAUCUAUCUCUCUUCGGCACAUAUUCUUCCAAACCCACUAUGCGCCCCUCCUUUGAGGUGGAGGCGCAAAGGUUGGCCCAGAUUCCAGAUGACGAGGAUGAUGGGGUAGAAUCUGCACUUUUGAAGCUGGAAGGCAAGUUCUCUCCCAAGAGACGCACCAACCUCCCUGUUGUUGUCCAAGGAGAACGGCAGAGAAGCGUCGAUAAUCCAGCGACGCAAUAUCGUGAUGCCAACGAUGCCGACAAAACACCGCGAGUGAGCAGCACAAACGCACAAUGGGCAAGCAAGCUUGUCGAAGAGGAGGAUACAGGCAGGCCGAAUCGCAUUGCGGACGAGCUGCCACAGAUGAUGCAGCCAUCCGUGAGGGAGCUGAGUUCAUUUCUUUCCGACGGAUCCCGAGACUCGUACUGCUCAAUCCCUCUUCUGCAACGGGGUAUGGGGGACGAGACGACCAAGUUCGUUCCGCGAGUCUGGGCAGAGAUGUCGAUGUUUCAAACAUCCGACGAGGAAGACUCCCCAGAUGAGACUGAUGAACAAGGACGAGGGGCCGAUGAAGCUACCAAGAAGCAGCACUCACCAUGCAGCUUCUUACAGAAGCCGCAUGGUUUGGAAAGCGCGCAGCCGGGAGACGGCCUACCUGCUGCAAUGACGACGUCGUCCAGGGCGGGGAGCGAGUCUUUUUCCAGAGACGACAGUGCGGACGAUACAGAUGGUUCGCCUGGCCCCUCUGAUGACGACGACGACGACGACGACGACGACGACGACGACGCGACCCAUGCCCGAGUCGGGAACCGCAACGAACAGUUGUCUGCUCGUGUGUUGGCGACGGAUUCUGGCGGAGCCAAACUGGCUGCCAGUAGCUCGCGUCCUCCAUCACAUCAGAUGACGUUGGCUCAGGCUCUGGCGAUGCCCCCUGAAGGAGGAGAUGUUGCUUCACCCGAUGAAGCUGCUUGCUGGCACAAGAAGCCACUGCCUCCCACUCCGGACUCGACCCCGGUUGUUGGCUGCUGCAUGGAACGUUCUGGCCCUACAGGGGAGACGUCUCGCUGCAAUAAGCUCGGCGACGGCGCGCCAAGGUCAGUCCCGGUCGUGAGCCCGAAAUAUUCCGUGCAUCUGCCGUUCAUCCUGUCCUUCGAUUCAGACAUGCUGGCGCAGCAGUUCACCUUGAUUGAGAAGGAUGCGCUUGCGGAAAUCGAUUGGAAGGAAAUGAUUGACAUGAGGUGGAAGAAUUGCGCUAGUAACGACUCCCGGUCGUGGGUGGAUUUCUUGCGGAAUAUCGAGGCUCGCGGAGUCGACGUUGUCAUUGCUCGGUUCAACCUCAUGGUGAAAUGGGCCGUCUCGGAAAUCGUGCUCACGCAAAACGUGGAGGAGAGAGCCAGGUGUAUAAUCAAACUCGUCCACAUUGCGGCCCAUUGCCGACGAUACCGCAAUUUCGCCACCUUGGCGCAGCUCGCCAUUGCACUGACCAGCAAUGAUGUGUCUCGCCUCUCCAGCACAUGGGAUUUGGUACCCGCAAGCGACUUGAAGACGCUUCAUGAGCUGGAGAAGCUGGUGACGCCGUGCAGAAACUUCCACAACAUCCGCCAGGAGAUGGAGAUGGGGUCCGACAAUGGCUGCAUACCGUUUGUCGGCAUUUACACACACGACCUGCUCUACAACGCCCAACGACCUUCCGAGAUUGCCGACUCGUCCACGACUGAGCCCUUGGUGAAUUUCGAGCGCUGCCGCUGCGCGGCUGCUGUGGUCAAGACCCUUCUUCGUCUCCUCGAGGCCAGCACACGAUACGCGUUUCAGCCUCGCGAGGGGGUUACAGAACGAUGCCUCUGGAUCGGAGCGCUGACCGACGCUGAAAUCCGAAAACACUCGCAAAACCUCGAGAAACACUGA